AUGGACCCUGAAUCCAACACGAUGACGACAGUCCCGGUGUGUCACGUGACCCAUCCACCUGUGUUCAACCUGUUUGGCCGAUUCCUCCCUCCUCCCUCCUCCUAUCUCUCCUUUUCUACUACUACUAAGAUGAAUGGUUCUAUUGAAGCUGGGGACCUUUCAGACGGAAAUAAUACAGUUGUUCACCUGGUUACACCGAUUAUACCAGACAUCUCGGGCAGGUCCAAUAUGACCAUUAUCCAAACGGCAAAUGGGACCCUCAUCGCACAGGACCAGAUGUUCCUGAACACAGUGGCUGCCCAGGCGCUCUCCGGACUGUUCGUCUGCGCUGCUCUGCUCAUAACGUGCCACCAGAUCUACACGCACCUUCGAUCGUACACCGUCCCUAACGAGCAGCGCUAUAUAAUCCGCAUUCUGUUCAUCGUGCCGGUCUACUCCUUCGACUCCUGGCUCAGCCUCCUCUUCAUCAGCAAUGACCAGUACUACGUCUACUUCGACUCUGUGCGGGACUGUUACGAAGCAUUUGUCAUUUACAAUUUCCUGAGCCUGUCCUUCGAAUAUCUGGGAGGAGAGAGUGCGAUCAUGUCGGAGAUUCGAGGGAAGCCCAUCCAGUCCAGCUGCCUUUAUGGCACAUGCUGCCUUACUGGAACGAGUUAUUCCAUUGGCUUUUUACGAUUCUGCAAACAGGCCACCCUUCAGUUCUGCGUGGUCAAACCCAUCAUGGCUGUGAUCACCAUCGUCCUUCAGGCCUUUGGCAAAUACCACGACGGAGAUUUCAACGUUAACGGCGGAUACCUGUACAUCACAAUAAUCUACAACUUCUCCGUCAGCCUGUCCCUCUAUGCGCUGUUUCUCUUUUUCUUUGCCACGAGCGACCUGCUGCGGCCGUACGAACCAGUCCUCAAGUUUCUCACCAUCAAAUCGGUCAUUUUCCUCUCCUUCUGGCAAGGCAUGGUGCUGGCCAUCCUGGAGCGCUGCAGCGUCAUCCCGAAUGCCCUCUUCAUCGACGGGCAGGAGGUGGGAGCGGGGACAGUGGCCGCGGGCUGGCAGAACUUUAUCAUCUGCAUCGAAAUGUUCUUUGCCGCUAUUGCCCUGCGUUAUGCCUUUACAUGCACCGUCUACCAAGAGAAGAAGAACGACGUGCCAGAGAACAACAUCCCUCCUAUGCAGAGUAUUUCCAGUGGGCUGAAGGAGACCAUCAACCCGGGAGACAUGGUCCAGGACGCCAUCCAUAACUUCUCCCCGGCCUACCAGCAGUACACGCAGCAGUCAAUGCAGGAAGUGGUCCCGCCGAGCAACGUGAAGGUCGCCGGGGGCAACAAGAACCCCCGCAAGUCCGACAAAAUCAUGCUGAUCACUUCCGACGACGAGUUCUAG